CGGAUCCUGGUGUCAGCUGAUCCUCCUUUACUGGCGAGUGAGGAGGAAAAUCAGCUGAAGGAAACACUGCUGGGUACUUAAACCAUGGCUGCGGAGAUACACUCGAGGCCCCAAACCGCCAGACCGAUCCUCUUGAACAAGAUCGAGGGCCACACAGACGCUGUGAACGAGGCCGUGUUGAUACCUAAAGAAGAUGGAGUGAUCACGGUCAGCGAGGACAGGACGAUCCGGGUUUGGCUGAAGAGGGACAGCGGUCAGUACUGGCCGAGUAUCUACCACACGGUGUCCUCUCCAUGCUCUUGCAUGUCGUACCACCAUGACAGCAGACGUAUCUUCAUAGGCCAGGACAAUGGAGCGGUUGUGGAGUUUCUCAUCUCUGAAGACUUCAACAAGAUGAGCCACGUGAAAACAUACCCAGCUCACCAGAAUCGUGUGUCAGAUAUGGUGUUCUCCCUGGAGAGUGAGUGGGUGGUGAGCACCGGCCAUGACAAGAGUGUGAGCUGGAUGUGCACCCAGAGCGGCAGCAUGCUGGGGAGACACUACUUCACCGCCUGGGCCUCCUGCCUACAGUACGACCACGAAACGCAGCACGCCUUUGUGGGCGAUUACUCAGGACAGAUCACGCUGCUAAAACUGGAGAAGCAGACAUACUCGACCAUCACCACGCUGAAGGGUCAUGAAGGUAGUAUAGCAACGCUGUGGUGGGAUCCCAUCCACAGGCUGCUGUUCUCAGGAGCCGCCGACCACAGCGUCAUCAUGUGGGACAUCGGGGGCCGCAAGGGACGGACACUACUGCUGCAGGGACACCACGAGCGUGUCCAGGCCUUACGUUACCUACAGCUGACCAGGCAGUUGUUGUCGUGCUCAGCCGACGGAGGCAUCGCAGUGUGGAACAUGGACGCACAAAGAGAAGAGGCGCCGCAGUGGUUAGACAGCGACUCUUGUCAGACAUGUGAGCAGCCUUUCUUCUGGAACAUCAAGCAGAUGUGGGACACGAAGACCCUGGGGCUCAGACAGCACCACUGCAGAAAGUGUGGAAAGGCUGUGUGUGGGAAAUGUAGUUCUAAACGCUCCUCGUUCCCGAUCAUGGGCUUUGAGUUCCCGGUGCGAGUGUGUGAUUCCUGCUUCGACACCAUCAAAGAAGAAGAUCGAACAGCAUUGGCCACGUUCCACGAGGGGAAGCACAACAUCGCCCACAUGGACAUGGACCCGUCCAGAGGCCUGAUGGUCACCUGUGGAAGCGACCGCAUUGUUAAGAUCUGGGAUAUGACGCAGGUGAUUGGCUGUAGCUUAGCAACAGGCUUCUCUCCGCGCUGAUUGGCCCGGGCUCACUACAUGGUCCUCCUCCUCCUCCUUCACCUCCUCUGUGCUCCUCCCACUCUUCCAGUGUCAUGGAAACCCCUCUGUACAGUAUAUCUCCCCACUACGCCGGGGACCUUCAGCUACUACCAGGCCUGCUCUCUGUGAAUGUGUGAGCGUGUAUGUGUGUGUGUGUGUGUGUGUGUUGACGGUGCCGCCCUCCGCAUUCAUUUCGCUUGUCAUGAUACAUUUGUCUUUAAUUUCUCCGUCAGUCUCACCUGAAAGCGUGUGACUGAUUUUCGCUUCGAUCUAAACUGAACCCUAAGCACAAAGGUGUGUGUGUACGUGUGUGCAUGUAUUGUGAUGACGUCUCCCGUGGGGGGGCUGCUAUUGAUAUUAGUGUUUAUAUUAUACAAAUAUUUCCAAUGCUUUUCUGACAAAGGUCAUUUUUUUAUUACCCUUGCACUGUAAAGUACACUAAAUCGCCGACCUGCCAUCCCUGUACAAACACUCGCCUGCUUCUUCCUGUGGCCCAUCACCUGCAUAUUACUCAGUCACUGUAUCAUGUACAAACCCUCAUCACGUGUAUAUAAACCCCUGCAUCAUGUGGAUUGUAGAUAGUUGCUUGAAUUAACUCUCACUGAUCAGAGUGAUCAGCUUUUCUCCUCUUUUUCAGUUUUCUUUUCUUUCACUAGUUGGCCUUAAAUCACUCUCAGGAGGUUUGACAUCACAGGGCAGGGGCUCUCCAUGUCAGUCACGACCAUCGUUUAUGUGUUAUCUCUCACUUAGAAGAACGGCUUCUUUGGAAAUCUCUGCACACACAUUGAAAAACGAUGCUGCUGCAGACAUUUGAUGGAUUUGUUCUCUGUUUGCACGCCAGCUCCCACCCAGGAAAUUGGAAUUUAUCACCAAAGUAAACAUGACUCAUGAGGCGUCGUCAAACAUCCUUCUACAGAAACUGACCACAUUUACUCUGCGGCCAAUUUCUACUGACGUCAUGACCGAGGUGGGAAGCUCAAAUUCUGUUAAGGAGUCGUGCUCCUGUGCUUUAGGUUGUUUUUUAAUUGAUUCUGGGUUUCUAGAAAAGACCCCAUAAUCACUCCCCAAAGUGAAGCCAAAAUGUUUGGAGCUCUCCCUCCUGAUUGGCUGCAGUAUAGAUCUCUUUUGACACAUGCAGCUCCUGUUGUGUACUUCAGCAGAUUUGCAGAGUAGAGGAGGAACGGGCGAGAAAUGUUACAGAGACCAACAGAAGAGUCAUUGAACUUUACAAAACUGUGUCUGCUUCAGAUCUACACACAAAUCUGCUCUAGUUUGGGGAGCACUGACCUGAGCAAAGUGAAAUAACUGUGUUCCAGUUAACGGAAGCAGCGUGAAGUCAGUUCCUUGGCUGCACCAGCCAGAUCACUUCUGUGCAUGCAUUGGUUCCUUAACACCUCCAAGGCAAUAUGUCAGUGAUCUUUGCGAGGGUCUUUUGGCUUCAUGGAGAUGUGUCAUCAAUAUUACAGUCAGCAAUUUAGAGCAAUUAAGCUGUGGGACAGUGAAAAAUGUCCUAAUAUUAGCACCCAGUAGGAAUCUUAGUAAAGAUAAAGACUGUAAAGAACGAUACAUUAAAAAUGUACAAGUUGGAACAGAGCACAACAAGGUUAUUUAAUUAUUAAAGCUGCCCACCCUCAGCAUGUUGUCAGAGGAAAAUGGCCGCUGCGUGAAUAUGAUGAACUGAGGUGAACCAAAAUGAUAAUUCAAGUUUUGAUAAGUCACCAAACUACGGAAGCUCUGAAAGACAAGAAGAAAAAAUGUGAGACUAAAUUUUCUUUUGCAUUGAUAAUAUAGAAAGAAACAUGGACUACACUGACGUGAUACCAAAAAGAAUUAACAGUGGUCCCAGCAUUAUCCUUUAGUUUUACAGGUGGAAAAAAAAAGUCCCUCUAUUUUUAAUAUUCCUAGGUUAAAAAAAAGGAAAUGAUUUCUCAGAGUUACCUUUUUCAGAUGAUAAAAAUAAAACUUGUCAGGAUAAUUUUGGUACAAACUUUAAGUCAUUUUAAGUUCUUGCAAAAACAGGUUGAAAAAAAAUCUGUAAGCCAAAAAUACAUUCUUCCUGUUCAAUCUCGUCAUUCUUGAGACAAUUCUCUCAUCAAAUAUACAAAUAACUUAAAGUACAUUCUUUGUGUUAAGAGUACAUGAUGCGUUCUAUCAAGACCAUAGGAUAGUGACGCCUCUAGUGGAUGAACUGAGUAAUGCAAAAACAAAAACCUGCCAAUAUUUAUUUUUUUCCUUGAAGUUGAAAAUUAAAAGUUUUUUUGAUCUUUUCAGACAUUUUUCCAAAUAUGUUUUCUUUUUGCCUCUCAGGGCGACCGUUCACAUUUUAAACAGACAGAAGAACACAUCUGGAAACAGUCCACCUCCUCCUAAACAUUCAUCACUGUUAUUAAAAACAUAAAUCAUGUAGAGAUACCACAGGACAUGAUUGUAAAAAUCUUCUGAUGCCUCCUGCAUGACUUCUCUUCUGUAUUUAUUGAAUAUGAAUCUUGAACAUUUUUGUGGUAUGAAAUCAGACUCUGUCCCGGUAGAAAGGCACUUAUCAGAAAGGUACUCUAAAGUAAAUGUAGCACUAAAAGCCGAAUCGCGCUGCCUGUGUUCCUUCGAACGCCUUAAAGAGAGGAGGACACACUCACAGAGCCUUUUUAGUGUUUUUUUCUUCAGUGCUUAUGACUGUUCACGCUCGCUCUUUCACUCUAAAGCACCCACCUCUUCAUGAAGCUCUCCUUCCCUUUCAUCCUGUCUUUUUAUUUCAAAUCCAGCUCUCCUGCUCCCCCCACACAUCUGUGCAUCAAGGAUGUCUCUCAUCAACUCUGCACUGAAUUGCACAACUCUUUGUCUUUGACUCUGAAUUACAGAACAUUUUUGUAAGUUCAUAUUCGGGAGGGAUAAUUCCUUGAUUUGAUGUAGCGUCCUUGUAAAUAGCAGCUACUAUCUUCUAAUGUUAGACUAACGCUUGCCUUACUGUAAGUGGGAAAAAGAGCAUUAUAAUGUCCAGUUUCCAAAAUGUAGUCACAUUCCAGGUUUUUGAUCAUGUAGUGUAUAUUUAUAUUUGUAGUAAAGUAUUUAUCUGUUAUCAUUGUAUGUGGUUGUUUACGUUUCUUUGUUCCAUCUAGUAGUCCUUCCUUAGUAUAUCCUAGUGUCAACAAACUAGCCUCCUUAAUGAAGCACACGCAGAUCAUUCAGUAUUUACAUCCUAACAUGGACACUUGCAUACUCUCUCCCAUCACGCUCACAGCUACACCGUGAUUGGCGGUCGAUCGCACAAUAAUACGUCGGGUUUGAGACUAAUUCAGUUUGUUUGAUGCCAAUAUUCUGCAGAAAUGUUCAUUAUUUUGUAACUUUAUAACUCAUGUCUGCUUGUGUUUCCCUUUAAAAAUCCUUUAUACUCAGACACACCUGCAGUAAUUCUCUUUUAGUUGCUUAAGUGCUGCAAAACAACCUGAUAACAUCACAUAGAAAUAUCACUCUAUGCAGCCUGUAAGGUAGGGAGUCGACUUUUUACACUAUCGAUGUUCACUACCAGUCAAAAGUUUGGACACACCUUCACAUUCAAUGUUUUUUAUUUAUUUUAAUUAUUUUCAACAUUGUAGAUAAAUACUGAGGACAUCAGGACUAUGAAAUAAUCUGGUUUUACCAUAAUCUGGAUUACAACAGUAGUCAAAUAGGGCUAUCCAUUGUGUACUAACCCUACCUCUGAACAACACAACUGAUGGUCUCAAACACAUUAAGAAGGCAAGUCAUUCUACAAAUGAACUCUAGUCAAGGCUCAUGUUCAUUAGAAACCAUUCCAGGAGACCACUUCAUGAAGCAGACUGAGAGAAUACCAAGAGUGUGUAAAGCUGUCAUGAAGGAAAAAAGGGGGCUACUUUACAGAAUCUAAAAUAUAAAACAUAUUCUGCUUUGUUUAACACUUUUUUAUUCAUUAAAUAAUUCCAUAUAUGUUCUUUCAUAGUUUUGAUGUCUUCAGUAUCAAUCUACAGUGUUUACAAUAAUUACAAUAAAUACAAACCCUUGAAUGAGAAGGUGUUUCCAAACUUUGACUGGUAGUGUACAAGACGAGCUAGAUGCAGCAUCUUAAUAAAUGAGGCCAGAUUUAUUUGCAUGAAAGUCGAACAAGCUCCCAGAUCUUCUGAUGAGUUACCCCCUUCAAACCCUCUGUGGCUGUGAUGCAUGACAUGCAGGUAAAUAUCUGUGUUGGAUUCAACUACUUGUUUGUUCUGUAAAGUUGAUGUACGUUAGGAAACAGUGACUAUGGAUGUUUCUUUCAAAAUACAAACACAUGGGAAAGUAUUCUGGCCAGUUUGCAUCACAUGACUGCGACAUUUAAAUCCAUCCAUGUAAACCUAGUGAUUCAAGCUUCAUUCAUAUUUUAGAGUACAGCUGAUUCUUAUGUCCCUACGUCAAACAUCAUGACAAACUUUAAGUACCGUGAAAACUCGUGCCACAGAGCCUCACCUGGGAUCAACAGGGUAACUGACGAAGCUGCAGUAAAGUCAGGAGUCAAAUCUUUUCCAAACAUCUCCGCAGACAAACCCAAUACUGAUUUCCUCACAUUAUGAAUGGUUUAUUUACAUUUCUCGCCCCAGAUGAAGCAGUUUAACGACCCAUUCUUUUCAUCAUCAUCAUCAACACUUUGUAAAGAUUUUCCCCAAAACGCCAUGAUUUCAACCUCGACAGCUACAUGUUUCUGUGGUUUGACUUUGUCUUUUUCCAGAUGCUUGUUAAAGACACUUGCUGUUCGAACAUGAUGUUGUUAAUGUAUCUGAAAGUAAUUGUAUUUUUAAACUCUUUUGUUGACAAUACAGAACUGAAUUUAGUCUCUCUGUGCACUCAGACCGGAGAGGAAAUACUCCAUGCUUAAUAAAGAGAAACUGACAUGUUU